UCAUUUGAGUAAAUAUUUCCUACUUUUAGUCAGUUGAGAGUUUUUGUUUUCAAAAAAUAAAGUGGGAAUAAGCUUUUUGUAUGUAAAAUUGUGCUGCGUAAUUAACCAAAUUAUUUCUGAAUGGUGUAAUUCCACAGAACUCUUGAACGGUGACAAAUCCAACGAUCAUUUAGAUUCUGUGCUGUUUAUCGUGGUUGGUCGGCCAUCGAACAGUGAAUAACAUCAAAUUCUACGACUUCGUAAAUACAUCCUUUUUAGUAAUAUAUAAACUACCUCGUCUUCACUGAAAGUUUCUCAGACUAACACUGAAAGGAUGCCUAUGGAUUUGAACUAAUUUACCCAAAGUCGCUUUGUCUUUUUCCUGGUGAAAUCUAGAGCAAGAGAGACUGGGAAACCCUAAGAAAUAGUGACGCAAUUAACUCGCGAAUACUUCAACCUUGUGAUAAGUGAAUUGUCAGUAUUUGUUUUGCGAGUUAUUGUUGUUUUGAUGGUGCGAAUUGCUACACAUUCAAAAACCACCAUUAUUUUAAUUUCCACAUUAUUUUGAUGUCGAUGACGCCAUCUGUAUUCCCUUCAAGAUAAAUGGCUAAUCCGAAUCCCGUUCAGAUAUGGUAUUUCACAAAGGAGCAACUGGAAAACUCCCCUUCAAGAAGGGCUGGCCUCGAUGCCCACAAAGAGCUGGGGUACAGGCAACAGGCUGCUAACUUCAUACAGGAUAUGGGACAGAGGCUGAAAGUGUCUCAACUAUGCAUAAAUACAGCCAUAGUGUAUAUGCACCGCUUUUAUGUAUUUCAUUCAUUUACAAAUUUCCCAUGGCACCAGAUGGCUUCUGCAGCUCUCUUCCUAGCCGCCAAAGUGGAAGAGCAACCCAGAAAGUUGGAGUAUGUUAUAAGAGUUUCAAAUAUGUGCAAAAACAACAAAGACACAAACAUCGACAUAAACUCUGAAAGGUAUAUUUCCCAAUCUCAGGAUUUAGUGUUCAAUGAAAAUAUCUUGCUGCAAACUUUAGGAUUUGAUGUGGCUAUAGAUCACCCGCACACACAUGUCGUUCAAUGUUGCUACUUGGUAAGAGCCAGCAAGGAUUUAGCUCAGACCUCAUAUUUCAUGGCAAGUAAUAGCUUACACCUGACUACAAUGUGCCUGCAAUACAAACCCAAAGUUGUAGCCUGCUUUUGUAUUCUGGUGGCAUGCAAGUGGUCCAACUGGGAGAUCCCGCUAUCCAAUGAAAACAGAGAGUGGUAUUCGUACGUUGAUCCUACGGUAACAGCAGAGCUGCUUCAACAACUGACUGAAGAGUUCCUGGUGAUAUUCGAGUCUUGUCCUUCGAGGUUGAAGGAAAAGAUCAUGGCCGUAGGGGACAUCAGUCAUCCUCCGGCAAUAACCUUUAACCAGAAAUUUGAUCAGGAUCCCAGAAAGAUAAUCAAAGAACCGGGAAGGGAUCAGCAGCAUGCGCACCGAUCGAGCGUAGAAGGCGAUCCACACAAGCACCGAUCUUCGAGACCGCACGACUCUGUUUCUUCGUCCUCCAGCCAGCAGCAACGUGACAGAGCUAAUCGCGAUCGGUUACCACCAUCCCACCACAAACCUCCGAUGCCGGUUCAACCGAAAGUCCCACCUCAUGGCCACCAUCGGCCUCCUCUUGACCCCAAACUGAAACCGCACUCUAGACCGCCGAUGGGGUACUCUUCUAGCAGCCGCGUGGAACCCCGAGACAUUCUCCGAGAAGCUCCUAUCUCUCCCUUUGGUAUCGCUAACAAAGACCAAAGAGAGACGAGCAGUAACAGUGACUCGAAGAGGGACUAUAUCGCACCGAAACAGGAGGCGAGCGGUUUCAGUUAUUCAACAGAGAAGCACCGGAUCGACCAGAGUCGGCAGAGAAUCGCACCGAUCGCGAAGCCUGAUGCGCCUGUUGUGCGCAGGCACGACGAGAGCAGGCAUCAUCACGCCAAGCCGGAGCCACAGGAGAAGAAGCACCAAGACAAGCCACCGACGCACUCGAGCAAACCCAUAUCUACCUCGCAGAAAAACAAGGCAGCUUAUGCCGCGGAUCAGUCCAAGUCCGGUCCGAAGCAGAGCCAAAUCGUUGCAGUGAAGCCGUACAGCCACAAUGGGGGCGCUUACUCUGCAGCCAAGACCGAGUCUGUCAAAGAAGAGAUUCCAACGCCUGCCGUUAUCAAGAGACCAAGCCUAUUUUCGCCUGAACCGUCGCCCCCUCGCAACAAACAGCAGCCCGAGCCUACGUUACCGCCUACUGCGCUAUCGCCGUUAACGUCACCCGUGGAAAGCAGCCGCAGCAGAAAUCCGUCGAGUAGUUCAGAGCCCGAGCUGCGGCCAGUCAUGAAAAAGAUUGACCAGAUGGAAGGGUUCGAGAACCUGAUGCGGGACACGACGAUCGGCAUCAAUCGACAAGUUCCAGACGUCGUCAACCGACAAGUACCGGACGUCGUUAACCGACAAGUGCCUGAUGUUAUAACGCCUCUCGUGGAUCUGCAGACGGAGACAGUCGGUGCCAACGAAGUGCCGGACGUGGUUCCCCUUGGCGAAGGGACCGAGAGACCCGUUGCAGUAUCUAACGGCCUUGAAACAAACCCUGCCGUUAUCAGCAAUUGGCUGAAGGAAGCGACGACCGCUACGCAUUUGCCGGUCGCCAAAGUGAAUGAAGCCAAUGAAGACAAGUCUUCUGGGCACCACCAUAAGAGCAAAAAAAAGAACAAGGAGAAGCACAAACACAAGGACAAGAGCCGCGAUGAGCGCGACAAGAAGAAGAAGCACAAGGAAAAGGACCGCGAGAAGGAGCGCGACAAGCACCGCAGUAAGGAGGCAGUGCCAGACGCGGCGCCGGAGCCUAUCAAGAUCAAGAUCCAGAAGGAUAAGAUCGUGACCGAGGCACCGCUGCCCUUGCCGAUACCGGCCCCCACCGCCCCAGGUCUCAAAAUCAAGAUUCCAAAAAAUAAGAUCAACUCAGAGAGCAUCGGCGAGUUGUCGCAACCACCGCCGCCCCCGUCUUCUCAACCGCUGAGCGUCGGCAUCAAGCUGAAGAUUCCCAGGGAGAAGCUGAGCUAUUGCCCCAACCUGGACGGCGGCGGAGGUGCCAAAAAGAGAGACAGGGAGCCAUCCUCGCCACCGUCCGAGAGCAGACCCGUCAAAGUUCCCAAGCUGAACAAGGACUACAAGACAAAUGGAAGGCAUUCCAGCAGCAGCAGCAAGGUAAGCUUAGGGGGGCCUACUGCGCAUGCGCCGAAUCGAUACACGGUACCACCCGAGCACAGGGUGCCACCUCCCGGGUACACCGCGCCGCCUCCCGGGUACACCCCGCCGCAUCCUCGCGAUUACAGGUUCCAACAUCCUCCUCCACCGCCACCUGCGAACCCUGUCUAUUUUUUUCCCGCGGCACCGCCUCCCAGCAUGCCAAACGUGACUGUCCCGCCUCCAUAUGUUUACCACGAUGCUUCACAGGUUUACCCAUAUUACGGCCAGGGGUAUGUCUACCACCCCGAGAUGUAUCAGCAUCAGCAGAUGAUGCUGCCGCCUCCGCCACCCCCGCACGGUUCGGCUAAUCCGCCGUUGCCAGUCGAGGCGCCCCCCAACGCGCCACCUCCUCCUCCCCCACCGGAGAGUUGAGGGGACAGUUUUUGUUGAAGGUGAUCAGUAAGAAUUUCAUUUUUAGUUUUCACAGAGUUUGGCGUUCCACAAGGUUCCGUUAUUGGCCCGGUACUCGAACGGUGCAUAUGUUUGAAUAUGGUUGACAAUGUUUUUUGAUGAAGGUUCGAAAUCCCAUUGUCUAAAAAAGCGCUGACUGACUGGAAAUCUAUUACAAACUGGGGAAAAAUUAAUAAAAUAUUGAAAAAAUGCCAGGUCAAAAAUAUUGUCAUAAGUUUGUAGAAAUAAAAAGGAAUAUAAAAAUACUAAUUGAUGCUUAUUUAUAAAAAAAUCAAAUGAUUGUGACCUGCAAUAGAAAUAAUAAAAAUGAGGUUUAUUUAUCAUGUACAAUUUUUUUCAUAAAGUAAUAUUGUGUAUAAUAGAAUAAAUAGUGCAUAAUAGAAUGGUUCUUCUGUAAAUUUAUCAGAUCAGAUUCCCUUGUCAGAUUCCCAUUGUCCACAAUCAUGAAAGAGCAGGAAAUGAAACAUUUUUUUUAAAGGUAGUUACCCUAGCGGCCAAUGAACUUGGUUUAUUUUCGGCACUGAACGAGGUGACCACCAUUGCUCACAUCAAAGCCACAGAGAUCACAUCACUUCUGAGGGUAGUCAAGGUAAUGCGUAUGCAUGGAGUUUUCUGCUCCACAACAUUGAAAAUCUCAGCUUUUGCAAGCUUUGCUGUCUUAAGGUAGAGUCAGAAACUAAGGGGUUCAUCAUGGCCUUCCAGAAUGGUCUCUUUUUAUCACUUUGAUCUAGCAUUGUAGCGUGAUGAUUAUAUAUGUUCCUGACACCAGGUCCGCAUAUACAGUCUCAAUCCAUAUUCAUCUACAUAAGGCAGCCCUAAGAGUGCUUGUAGACUUGUGUUUUCAGCACUGCAGACUCAUUGUAAAUCCCGGAGGAACGCCUUUUUGACUGUUCAGAAAUUACUCUGUAUGUUUUAGAUGAUAACAUUUCAUUAUUAUUCAACUAUAACAAAUAAAUCUACGAACUGAUACUACUCUAAGUAAGAAACAAUAUACCAUUCCAUCUGAACCUUGAGAAUUCCUUCUGUAUCGAUAUACAAUAUUGGGAAUUAAUGUUUUCUUACUGAUCACCAAUAUUUCACCUAAAUUAUGUGCAUAAUAUACUUUGUUGACUUAACCUGUCCCCUGUAGGUACUAUAUCUAUAGUGACGAAAUAUGUCUAUACGAUUAUCAAACUUGGUGUACAUUUGUUACCCAGAUACAUGCUUCUGCAUGUAUCUCAAAUCGUUUUAUCUACAUAAAAUAAUAUCUAGCAAUUCCUGUACAUACUUUUUUUAUCGUUAUAUUUUGUUUUGUUGAAUAUCUGUUAUUGGAAUAAAAUUAUAUUGUGGAAUGAA